AGGAAAGUUUGAACUGUGUAACGUAACUGUAACGGAAUGUAACUUUUUUCACUUUUCGUUCACGAUAGUAAUUCUAUUAAUUUACUGUGUGCUUUAUACAAGUUAACAGUAUUUGAUAAUUUAAUAUUUAAAAUAUGAGUCGUAGACCACGUCAUUAUUACUUAAAAACACCAUGGUACAAGCGCGGGUAUAUAAAAAAACCGAGAUAUCCCAAGUCACCUACUGAAUAUGGAGUUGAAACAAGUAGCUUAGAUGAGCUUCUAAUUUCUGGUGAUCGCUUCGGGGAUAACAAUAAUGCAGAGUUACAAGCGAACAUGAACAUUCAAAAUCAACGGCCGAAUCUUAAUACUACCCAUGAAGAGCCCUUGCCAAAGGAAAUCCAUUCAGAACUGGAAUUAAAUGACUCAAUGACAGAUAGUUCUUCAUGUUUUAAAGUCACUACCGAAGACGAAUCGGAGAUCCCGGAAAAUAGCAUGAUAGGAGAUUACAUGGCAGAAAGUAAUAACUCGUAUUCAAAACAGGAACCUUCGGACAGCUAUACUGAUUUUGCUAAGUUUCGUGACGACAUCGUAAUACGAGACAUAAUAUUCAUGAUGCUGAAUUUCUACAUACGACACAAGCUCACUCAAGAAGGUUUAGAAGAUCUUAUGAGAAUGUUGAAUGUCUUGACAAUAGGCAAAAUUUUCCCGGAAUGUUUUUCCACAAUCUCCAAUGUUUUUCCAGCUUCAUAUGAUGCCGAAAGGGCUUAUUUCUGUGUCAAUUGUCAGUUUGGGUAUAUCAAUCCUUUUAUACUGAUUAUAUACCACACUAACAUUUAUUUUUUAUAUUUAGCUAUGACGUUACACCACAACCUGAAACUGUGUGUCCAGUGGAAAACUGUGGAUCUACCAAAAAGGAUUUUUUCAUCACUUUCCCCAUUGAGCAGCAGAUCAGGGAAAGUUUCUUGA